AUGGCAACUUAUCGCUCGCCAUUUAUCACGCCGCACAAAGGGCCGCGGCGAAGGGUGAAUGGAGAGGGUCAGGCCAGGGCCAGGCCCCCCCGUCUGCCCCCAGCUCACAUCCAGGAGCCCAGGGGUGGCAGUCAGAGCUGCAUCCAGGUCACAGAGCCCAGCCCCUCACUGCUCCUCCUGCUCCUCCUGCUCAUCCUGGCCCUCACUGCUCCUCCUGCUCCUCCUGCUCAUCCUGGCCCUCACUGCUCCUCCUGCUCCUCCUGGCCCUCACUGCUCCUCCUGCUCCUCCUGCUCAUCCUGGCCCUCACUGCUCCUCCUGCUCCUCCUGCUCAUCCUGGCCCUCACUGCUCCUCCUGCUCCUCCUGCUCAUCCUGGCCCUCUCUGCUCCUCCUGCUCCUCCUGGUCCUCCUGGCCCUCACUGAUCCUCCUGCUCCUCCUGGCCCUCACUGCUCCUCCUGCUCCUCCUGCUCAUCCUGGCCCUCACUGCUCCUCCUGCUCCUCCUGCUCAUCCUGGCCCUCACUGCUCCUCCUGCUCCUCCUGCUCAUCCUGGCCCUCACUGCUCCUCCUGCUCCUCCUGGCCCUCACUGCUCCUCCUGCUCCUCCUGGCCCUCACUGCUCCUCCUGCUCCUCCUGCUCAUCCUGGCCCUCACUGCUCCUCCUGCUCCUCCUGCUCAUCCUGGCCCUCUCUGCUCCUCCUGCUCCUCCUGGUCCUCCUGGCCCUCACUGAUCCUCCUGCUCCUCCUGGCCCUCACUGCUCCUCCUGCUCCUCCUGCUCAUCCUGGCCCUCACUGCUCCUCCUGCUCCUCCUGCUCAUCCUGGCCCUCACUGCUCCUCCUGCUCCUCCUGCUCAUCCUGGCCCUCACUGCUCCUCCUGCUCCUCCUGGUCCUCCUGGCCCUCACUGAUCCUCCUGCUCCUCCUGGCCCUCACUGCUCCUCCUGCUCCUCCUGGUCCUCACUGCUCCUCACUGCUCCUCCUGGCCCUCACUGCUCCUCCUGCUCCUCCUGGUCCUCCUGGCCCUCACUGCUCCUCCUGCUCCUCCUGGCCCUCACUGCUCCUCCUGCUUCUCCUGGCCCUCACUGCUCCUCCUGGUCCUCCUGCUCCUCACUAA